AUGCCGUUAACGGACGCGGCGCGGCGCUGGGAGUUGAGGGGGUUGCGCGGCGCCGGGCUCGGUGCGUGUAGCCCACUGACAAGGGCCUCUUGUCCGUUAAAGGUGAUAAAUGCCCUGCAGUCGAAGCACCACUACGGCGAGGGAGAAGCCCGUGUGAUUUGCGACAAGGUCCAGGCCAAGCUUCUCAAGGAGUGUCGCGAUCCCGCCAAGAUGUGCAUCACCGACCUGCGGAUUUCGCACUGGGAGGAGGCGAUCCAAGAGACGAUCGGCGGGGAGGUGAACCGAAACCUGGCCGCCGAGUGCUAUUUCCUGUGGAAAACGACCCGCCUCCAGCACCUCACCCUGGCCGAGGACACGCGGGGCAUGCUCACCGAGCUGCGGAAAGGGGUCCGCUUGCUGCUCUUGACUAACGGCGACAAACAGACGCAGAGGGAGAAGAUCGAAGCGUGCGCCUGUCAGCCCUACUUCGAUGCCAUCGUUGUGGGAGGAGAGCAGAAAGAAGAGAAGCCGGCGCCAUCCAUAUUUCAUUACUGUUGCGAUCUCCUGGGGGUGCAGCCUGCAGAGUGUGUUAUGGUCGGUGACUCUCUAGAUACAGAUAUUCAAGGAGGCCUGAAUGCCGGCUUGAAAGCAACUGUCUGGUUAAACAAAGCAAUGACUGCUCCGGUGGAUACCUCCCCAGUACCUCAUUAUAUUAUUUCUUCUGUUCUGGAUCUGCCAGCAGUUUUACAGAAGAUGGAGCGCAAAAUUAAUGCUAAGUUAGGAACUGACCAUAUGGCUAGCAGUCAUGAAGCACACUGAUGGUUCCAGUCUACAGUCGGAGAUGUGCUGAGCUGUUAGGUGACUCAUGCUCUUUCAAAAAAUUUGACCCUAGGAUUUCGAACUCAUGUACGGUAUGCUUUCUUAAACAGCAGAUGGAUGAAUAAGAGCACAGUUGUCAGUGAAAGCAGGAUGGAAACAAAGAAUUAGAUUAAUUUAAAAGAUGCGAGUGCAGUUAAUUUAAAACAGCUGCCUGCCUCUGGAAAUUAGUUUGACAGGCUGUGGCUAAAGUCUAUCUGUCUCUGACCUAAGCUGCCAGUCUCUUGUUUUUAUAGUGGAAAAGGAAAUGUGAAUGUUUUGAUCUUUCACAUGCUUUGCUGACUUGUCAGUUUAGCAGAAGCUUCGGCUCAAACCUUGUUUGCAGUGUGUAAAAAAAAAAAAGUGUGGUACAAUCUGGUAAAUCUUCACAACUGAUGUGCGGUUUAUCUCAGGAACUGGAGUGAAUUUUGCUGUUUCUAAAACCAGAAUUUAUUGACAAAAUCUAUUAUGUGUCAGACCAUUAGAAAAUGCUCUAACUUUGAUCUUUUUUCAAGUUUUCAAGUUUUAGAAUUUUUUUCAGACUUUGCAGUGACUUCUCUUUUACGGAAUCUGUACCUCUUGCCAAAAGUACUUAAACGUACAUUAAAAAAUUGCAUUUGUAUAGGGGACCAUUUAUCAGAGGGACCUGAUGGAUAAGUUUUUACUUUAUAUUAUCUUGGUGCUUAUGCGGGUAUGCAGUAUACUUGUAAUUCAGAUUAUGAUUUUUAUUGGAAUGUAAUUGAUAAAACAGGGAUAUUUUCAAUGGUUUUACUGUACUGUCAAACUCUUUAAAAGCUAAUAUUGUUUUGUCUGAUUUUAUUAGUGAAUUUUGAUCAGACUUUUUGGAGAAACUGUUCUUGGUCUUGCUCAGGUGUAUGGCUACUCAGAUUCAACUGCAGGAUCAGUCAUGCUUUUUUUGACUGUUUUAAUGGCACUGCUAUACAAUCCCUCCUUACUCCAGUUUCUACAUGUAUUUCAUGUGAUUUACUCUGGAGAAAAUAUGAGCUAGUUGUUUGUAAAUGGCUUUCAUGACUCUUCCAGGAAAUUGGAAAAUUAUAUCAUAUGUAUUACUGUACUGUGCACAACAUAUAUGCAUAUAAUGUGUAUGUGCUAUUUCCACUAGAUGCAGGAGAUGACUCUCUGAAACACUGAGCUUUCUCUUUCCCAGAUCAUUAUCUUAAUAAUUUAAUUUUUCUGUACUUCAUAUUAUAUAAUGGGAAAGUUCACAUAUUAAAUGGAAAUGUAAACACUUGUUGGAAAACCUGUGUUUUUCAAAACCUAUUUGCUGUAUAUACACUGGGCUGCAUAUCUGACCAUAUAUGAGCAGUCAAAUUUUGUACUUUAGAAUAAAUCCAUGACAGAUCUUUUGAGAACAGGGAUAUUGAGGUGCUGGCAGAAGAGUGCCUGGCAUGUGGGCAGGAAUAAAAGAUCAGCAAAAAGUACAGAAACCACCAGGAAAUGGGUGUGUAGAAGGAAUCCUAUAUACAAGAAAGGUUCCUUUGUUUAAUUUGACAUGAAUUUAAGUUAAUGUAGUUAAGUCUUGCAUAGGAUGACAGAUUCAGUUUAGA